AAGUUUCACCUUCGCAUUCAUUCUCAUUCUUUUUUCCAAUCAAUUUCUCACUAUUGUUAACACUCUCUCUCUCUCUGGUUACUCGCAGCAUAUUACUAAUUCACUCUUUAUUGUUGCCUCGGUGUUGUUUUCCUGUGGGCUUGAAACUUGAAACCCUAGUUUAUCCGUUCUAACUGUUUUAACUCUCGAAAUUCGAACUGUGUCACAUAAAUUGAGACAGUGAUGACUGUUGAGUGGAGAGCUAGUUAAUAUUAAAUCCAGAGGAUAUAUAGAGGCAGAUACAAAUCUGCUCCUCAUCAAGCACCUCAGAGAAGAUGGACGACGGGGGCCAGCGAGAAAAUAAGAGACACAGAAUGAAUUACUCCAAAGGAGGUUAUGCACCGUGGAACGUGGUACCUCCUUACCAGAUGAGGGACCAAGAGGCUUUCAUCAUGAAUACGAAAAUCAGAAUGGUCUUUGCUGAAAGAGAUGCGGCUGUUGAAGAACGGGAUAGAGCAGUGAUUGAAAAGAAGGAAGCAUUAGCUGAGCGAGAGUUAGCAAUCCAGCAGCGAGAUACUGCAUUUGCUGAGCGGGAUACUGCCAUAAAAGAAAGGGAUAAUGCAAUAGCCGCUCUCCACUUUUUAGAAAGUACCAUGAAUGGCACAUUAAGUUGUAGGAAACGUGGGACAAAACGCCCUAAUCAACCUAAAAAUCACUGCAACAAUAACAGUGAUUCUGUUUGUAUUAAUAGGGAUGUGCCCGUAGCUGAUGCUUUUCCUAUAUCGACCAUGUCAUCUGAUGCUGGUAAGGCACUCCAAGGAAAACGAUCGAAAGUAAACAAAACCAUGUCGAUGAAGUCAGCAAAAUUCCCAAGAAAGACAAAGAAAGUGAAGGAAGAUUUGAAUCGGCAAUUUUCAACAGAUGGAUCUAAAGCUGAAUGGGAUGCUCAGGAUCUUGGAUCCGUUAACCAGAUCCAGUUUGACGAGUCUACCAUGCCAAUACCUGUUUGCACAUGUACGGGAAUACCAAGGCAGUGUUACAAAUGGGGAAGUGGGGGCUGGCAGUCAUCUUGCUGCACUACGUAUCUGUCAGAAUAUCCACUACCACAACUGCCAAACAAACGCCAUGGUCGUUUAGGUGGUAGGAAAAUGAGUGGAAGCGUUUUUAGCAGAUUGCUUACAAGGCUUGCAUUAGCUGACCACGAUCUGUCUAUGCCCAUUGAUCUCAAGACUUAUUGGGCUAAACAUGGUACAAAUCGCUAUAUUACCAUUAAGUGAUGCAUCAAUUUUGGUUUGCUGGCUAGUUGCUAUACUAGGCCUGGAUGCUGGAGAUGCUCGACAGGUAGCCGGAGAAGAAAAAACAAGAGCUUGAGUUAUGAAUGAUCAAAAGCCCUUUCGGGUGCUCAUUAUGACCUUGUGCUGUGAUUGAAUGUCAUGCAACUGACUUUUGGUUCAGUUAUUUGCAGCUCUUUUUUGGUAUUUACUAUGGGCUAUCUGUUUUUUUUGCACUUAAUCUUGUACAGAAGUGUUUAGGAAUUGCAGGUAUACGAUUUUGAGCUUCUCCUUAUUCGUAACUAAUAAGACAGUAUCUUAGUCUAAAAAUAACUCAUUGCAACUUCUCCUUCUGCUUCUGUAAUGCAAGUAUAGUAAUACUUGCUAAUUUCAGUUAAUUUAACUCUUUAACGACC